GUAGUCUCGUCUCGUCUCGUCUCGUCUCAUUUCAUCACGUCUCGUCUCCUUUACCGCGAGUUUUGCGAGCGACACUUUCGGCGGAACGGCGAAAAUCCCGUCCGAGGAACAGCGAGAAGGAGGGACAGCUGGACUGGACGGUCCCGCGAAUUGCGGUGGGACGGCGCCCCGGGGGCGGUGCGGGGGGUGCGGGGGCCGCCACGGGGACGGGAGUGCACCAGGGGUUUCCGCCGACCUCGCUGACCGCCUUCCUCGGCCUCGCCGCCCUGGUCGCGGUCGUCGUUCUGAUAACAGCGAGCAGAGUCUGCACCGAUGAUCGGGUCCAGGACGCGGAGCGGCGCGGCUCGUCGGCAUCGUCGUCGUCUACGCACGCUCGUCGGGAUGGAACCGCCGAUUCCGCGACCCUGACCGAAGGCCAGCUCCACCGAUUUCGGGGCGAGAGGCGGUGGCUGGUUUUGAGGAGGAGGACGAGGAGCGGAAUCAUUCGUCUUCCUCACCGCAGAUUCGGACCUCAAGAGGAUCAGGAGGAGGCAAAGAGGAGAAGGAAGAGGAAGAAGAAGAAGAACGAGGAUCACAACUGCUUUCGAGAUCGCGAUCGGAAAGGGGAAAACGCUGCGACGACAGUGUCCGGUGUUCGGGGUUUCAUAGGUGAUCGUGCUCUUGGUGGUGAUAGUGGUGCUUAUAGUGCCGCCGCUGCUGAUGGCGAGUCGACUACAGUAGCCGGGCCGAUGUCACCUAGGUCGAAUAGCGAAGAACCAUCGGGUACCGAGGACGACGACGAGAUAGUUUAUCAGAAAGGGUCACCACGACGCAAGGAGGAAAACGAGACCGAGGACAUCGCGCCUACCCAGCUACCUCCAUCACAGACAAACCAUUCCUCUAUGGAAUCACUGAGCCGUAGCGGGUAUAUUCUGUCCAUCGUACUCGUUCUGGCGGUGGGGGGGAUAGUUGGAGUACUGGCCACGGUGUCUCACCACUUCCAUCGCCGGCAUCAACGUCGCCUACCCGAAGCCCCCGGGGCUCCCGACGACGCACUCUCGACGACCGACGAUCGCUACCAACCGCCGUCCGAUCGACAACUUCACCAUUCCGCCACGCCGAUGCUGUCGGUUAGCGGUGGAAUGGAGGUGGGAAGCGGUGGUCGAGGAGGUCGCGGUGGGCUCGGGGGAAGCCUCCAGGAGGAUGGACCGACCUCUGGAGUCGAAAACGACGUCGUCGCCGCGACGAAGGAUCGGGCGGUCAGGGCGAGCAGCGUACGCCAGGAUCUGGCCCUGGACCUUCCGCCCCGGUUGCAGCUACCCGACGGCGAGGAACGACCUUACGGAGCGCACGCCGGACUCCAUCUUCGCGACCCUGAGCAGGAGAGUGAGAUUUACCAGAAGUGCGUUAGGCCGCCGCCAAAUCGGACAGUAUUUGACAGUGAGAGUCCGCCUGCUUACAGGAGUCAGGCGGCCCUGCUUGACGCCCCGGACAGAAUAGUGCGGUGUCACAGUGCCGGCAGUUCACUCCUCAAAGUAUUCAGAAAGUUCCCAAACUCCGGUAGUUCGACGCCCUCGGUUAUCGUGCCGAGAAGGCCAACCCUUUCCAGCUACUCAGAGUCGAGUAGUAAUCUGAGUAAUUUGUCUAGUCUUACGGUAGUGCCGUGCGAAACUGACGAAACUCAUCAACACGUCUGAUCCUUGGCGGUUGUGUGCUCGCGCACGAUUACUUCUUGCCUGGGUUUAAGUAAACUUUUUUACUACGUUGUUGUCGCCUCGCCGUCGAUGAUAAUUAUACCGCCGACGCGGCUACGCUUGGCUUAGUUGUUCCUAAUUAUUUGCGUUUCAACGAUCGACGAUUAUCGCGAAACGACGGCUGCAAGAGAGGGCGGAAAUUAAUGAAUAAAAGGCUGACUACCAAUCGACUCCCAUCACAGAAUAAUAAUUAAAGGAUUAUCACACUCCGGGAGAAUGAUUUCCUCAUGUGAGAGGAACACACUGAGAAAAGAAGAAGAUAGAAAGCAGAAAAAGGAACGAGAUUUCUGAAAUUUUUAUUCUCUUCCUUUCAUCCCUUCGACGUAAGUCGGGGAGGAAAAUGAGACCGGGAAAAAAAUUUUACACGACCACGAGGCAAGAUUGUAAUAGCUGGAUGUGAGAUUUUUUUUUUCUUUAUUGGAUAAAUUCAUUAUGUGCACAUGUAUGUAAUAUCGAGAUAACCAAGGUGCAGGUGUAAAAGACUGUUAAAUGACGCUAAGCCGAGGAUGCAGAUGAAUUAAUGAUAAUUAUGAAAAUUUUAUUCUUGAUUCCUUAUAUUAGGGAAUUCAUAAUGAUAAUGAUAAUGAUAAUAAUGAUAAUAAUAAUAACAAUAAUAAUAGUCGUAGUAAUAAUAAUUAUUAUUGUAAUAGUAAUUACGUGUGGUGAACGAAAGGGAGAGAAAGAGAGAGGGAGAGGGAGAGAGAGACAGAAAGUAAGGUAAUAAUAGUAAAGCCUAAGUUCACUCUGACAGAGUCAAACUUAUAGUAUAUAUUAUUAUAUAUAGCAAUAUAUAUAUAAAUAUAAAGUAAUCGAUUUUUUUCUCCAUAUUUCUCAACGUCCAGUAUCGUUGCAUAUUUUCUUAUAUUUACUAAAACAAUGCUAAAUAAUAGAAAGAAAUACAUUACAUACAUUCAUGCAUACAUUAAACCUAUAAAAAUGUAUUACCUAUUUCGUUACGAUUAAUUAACAACAUUACGAACCGGUUUUAAAUCUCGUUUUGUUAGUAGUAGAUUUUUCUUUCUCUUUCCUUUCAUUUCUUCUAUAUUUCUCUUUACAUUGAAACUGUUUGCCAAUGGUUAUAACGAAUGAAAAUUGACAAGGAGAAAAUGAAAAAGAAAAGAGUAAUGAAAAAUUGAGAAAUGGAACUUACGAGAUGGUAUUAUGAGUUAGAAAAGUGUCGAACGGUAGCAAAGAACUGAGGGAGACGAAAGGGGUUCGACAUUCUUUUUACAUUUGUUUUUCCUUUACACAUUGCAAUCCAGAUACUCUGCCGACGCGUAUUACGAGUUGUUGGGGCGUACGUUAAUAGCUUAAAUACACAUGAGAGGCCAGUCUAUUAAUAUAGAUCUCAAACGAGUCCAAAGUUACGUUAGAGAAAACGGGAUAGAGAGAGAGAGAGAGUGAGAGAAAGAUUGUAUUAAUUAAACAAAGAAAUGAGUCAAAGAGAGAUAAUAAAAUUGAAAUCUACGACACUGUAAAUAGAUAUAAUUAUUGAUGGAUGGGUUUUGACUGACGCGCGGUAUUUCUGCUGUCACCAUAGCUCAGCCUGUGAUCUUUGGUUACUCCUACCUGAAAAGGGAAGAAGUAGGGUGAGAGUGCGGAUGUGAAUGAGAGGCAUUAUGUCGGAAGAAAAAAACACAUUCGAUGAUCGAAUCUGUCAAUUUUGUUAAUCACGCAUACAAGAUUGAAAAGAAAACGAAACUAUGACUAAAUUCGCGGUGUAACGGAUGACGGAUGAGAACGUGCUUGGACGAUUGUCGAAAUACUCUGGCGUUAAAGUUUUUGUUUCCACUGAAAUUAACGAAUUUCAGACAAAAUAAGAGAAAUUGAACAAAGGCGUAAAUAAUUGAAAAACUAAAUAAAUUGAAUAAAGAAUUA